AUGGCCCAUCACAGCGACCUACACGUCGCCAAGUCUGAAGCAUUGCACGUUGAGGACAUGGAAGAACAAUCGUACGCUGGUAAAGAGGAGGUUGAAGGCCAGGAAAGUUUUACUCCAAAGGAGGUGGCGCGAAUCCAAAGAGUGGUCGACUGGAGAGUGGUUCCCAUUCUGGGUCUCAUGCUCGGCAUCUCGCUAAUGGAUCGAAGCAACGUCGCCAACGCUGCCAUUGCUGGUAUGCGCGAGGACCUAGAUCUAUGGAUAGGGUACCGCUAUGCGUUGAUGGUUUCGUGUUUCUUCAUUACAUACGUGCUAUUGCAAGCUCCCAUGACAUGGCUUACUAGGGCGAUGGGACCGCGAAUCGUCUUGCCAGGAGUGGUCUUGCUUUGGGGUGCGCUGAUAAUUGGAUUCGGGUUUGCGAAUUCUUGGACAACUCUGGUAGCUCUGAGAUUAGUCUUGGGGGUUCUCGAAAGUGGUUUCUUUGGAGGGGGUGUUUACCUCCUUCAAACCUGGUUCACUCGAUUUGAACUUGCAAAACGAUUUUCAGUCUACUACUUUAUCGGCGUCCUGGUAUCUUCAUUCUCUGGGGUCCUCUCGUACGGGUUCAUGCAAAUGGAUGGACUUAACGGUGUGAAAGGCUGGGAAUGGAUAUUUAUCAUGGAAGGAAUUAUUACACUCCUGGUUGGCAUUGCGGGAUGGUUUUCCCUUCCCAAGUUCCCGGACCAAGAAAUCAAGAAACCAUCAUUUCACUUCCUCAAGCAGGACGAGUGCCAGGUUAUAAUAGAUCGCCUCACAGCUGAUAGAGGGGACUACCAAGCUGAGGAAUUUGCGUGGUCUCUCUAUCUGGCUCCUGCCAAGCUACCGGAGAUCUGGGCAUUCGGCUUCAUGCAGUUCUGCACAUGCACAGCAUCUUACGCUUAUACUUUUUAUCUUCCGAUCAUCUUAAGAGACUCCUUGAAAUUUAGUCUCGCAGCUUCUCAGUGCCUGAUUGCACCUCCAUAUGCCGCUAGUGGAUUGAUGAUGAUCGGUUGCGCAUGGUUUGCGGACCGUCAUCGCACGAGAGCCCCAGUGCUUAUCCUAAAUUGUGCGGUUGCCAUCAUUGGCCUUCCGAUGGCUGGAUUUGCAACAAAUCCAUGGGUGCGAUACGUUGGUGUCUUCUUUGCCGUGGCGGCCAUUAACACGAAUAUCCCAAUGCUUAUAGCAUACCAGGCGAGCAACAUUAGAGGGCAAUGGCAACGUAGCUUUUGCUCAGCUCUCAUGACUGGGUUGGGAGCAAUUGGUGGAAUUUCGGGUAGCUUGGUGUAUAGGACUCAGGAUGCACCAAACUACAUCCCAGGAAUUAUUGCAGUUCUUGUCUGCGUUGUCCUCGUUGCUAUCAUCAGUACUAUCCUCAUCUUCUACUUAAGGAGAUGCAAUAAGCAGGCAGACCAGGGGCUUAGGGUUAUUCAUGGUUCCCCGGAAUUUAGGUACACACCCUGA